CCUCUCGCGGUGUUCCCGACUCCUGCAGCGGCUGUUCAGCAGCACUUCUCGUCGACUACGGGAUCCAUAUGCUUGUGAAAAAGCUCAGGCUCAACAAAGCAAUGGCAACUUCUCCAAACCUGCUGCCGAGAGUCUAAAACAUACCGGCUAUUAAACGCGUGUUAGCGGACCCCACAUCCACCAUCCACCUUACCGGGGUACCCGAGCCUGUCAACCCGGGGAAAGGCAGCCAUGGACCCGAGAGACACAGCCCCGGAUUCAUGGGAGCUGGAGGAGGAGGAUGCCGAGGCCCAGGCUGUUGCUGCGGACCUUCAGGCCUCAUUUGCCGCCCUUAACGUUAAUGCCAAGCCGUUUGUCCCCAACGUGAACGCCGCGGUGUUUGUGCCGAGCUUCUUUCAAGCAAGCCCCGCAGAGACACCAGCGCCAGUCGCGGCCCCUGAUCCAGUAGCCAGCAUGGAGGUGGCAGAAACAGCCGGUAUGAAGCCUCACUGUUCAGUUGCAGCUCCGGUGGAGAACGGAAGCUCAGAGGCCAAGAUGACCACAGAGGAGGAGACGUGGGAGCAGAAGGAGGAGCCUGGAGGAGGAGGAGGAGGUGGUGGGGGAGAAGGAGGAGAAGGAGGAGAGGAAGAUCUGGUACCAGGAGGAGCCUGCGAAGAGGGAGCAGCCAGGAUCGAAGAAGAAGAGGAGAUGAUGGAGGAGGAAGAGGAGGAGAUGCCGAUGCCCAAAGUGGCUCCGGCCCCACCAAAUGCCCCGAAGAAGGAACAUGUGAACGUGGUCUUCAUCGGCCACGUGGAUGCUGGAAAAUCAACUAUCGGAGGACAGAUCAUGUACUUAACUGGAAUGGUGGAAAAGCGAACCCUGGAGAAAUAUGAAAGAGAGGCGAAAGAGAAGAACAGGGAGACAUGGUGAGGAAAACAACAAUAUUUA